AUGGAGAAUUUUGAACCUAACGAAACGGCCUUUCCCCUUUCUUGUCAUGCCGAAUUGGCGGGCACACCCUUGGGCUCUGGUUUCGACAGUCUAGCUGGGAUAAUCUGGUCAUCCAAUCCAGCUGAAGCUGCAAAGACGAUUUCGCAGAUCCAAGCUGCAUCAUCGGUAACCGUUACGGUUGUAUCAACGGCUUCACCAAGUCCAACCUCAACGUUAGCACCAUCCUCUUCAGCAGUGAACACCAUUCCAAGUCAAGUUUCAACCAUAAGCUCGUCCUAUUCCUCCUCCUCCUCCUCCUCCUCCACCACCACUACCACCACCACCACCAACACGCUAUUACAAUCAACUACAUCUACGCCGAGCACGACACAGCUCAUCACAUCUCCGACCAAGACCGCCUCAUCAAGCCCCAAAAACACAGGCGCCAUAAUAGGCGGUGUGAUCGGCAGCAUAGCACUCCUCAGCUUCAUCAUUCUCGCGCUCCUCUUCCUGCGAAAGUAUCAACGCGACCACUCCUCCCCUAUUACUACCGAGGACUCAAGACGGAGCUUUUAUCUCUCCAACAUGUACAAAAAACGCGGGAUGAAGGCGCCUACAACGGGCAUCUUUGAAAAGCCGGGGGAUCAUGGGGCUCAUGAGAAAGAGGGAACCAGCUUGUCACAUGAGGGGCAAGUGCAUGAGAAAGAGGGGAGCGAUGCGUUGCGUUGGGAACAUAUUCAUGAGAUGUAG